CACGGCGCUACUGAGCUCGCAGUCCCGGUCCUCUUCCACUCGCGGUCGCGGAGGCAUACGACCGAUGGACCAGGAGCUCAUCGCGUCGCUCGUGGGAGCCUCGAUUGGCCUCUUCGUCUGCUGCACCGCGUGCAUCGUCUGCAGGAUUUGGAGGAGGAACCGCUACUACAAGAAGGUGCAGAAGUCGCUGGACGAGGAGGAGGCUGCCUUCCAGGAGACGCUCGCGAGGAACUUCCGUGACGAGGGCCAGCUCGACGCCGAGGAUCAGGCCAAGCUGAACAUGCUAGAGUCGUACGUCGCGACCGCCGGCGGCGAGGCCGGCGCCGCGACGGACGCGCCGCUCCCAGCGAGCGCCGAGGACGUGGAUAAGUUCAUGAGUGCGCUGGCGGCAGCCGCGGCGGGAGACUCAGGGCUGCCACCGGCCAAGGAGGGAGACGAUAACGUAUGAGAUCAUAUACUGCGUAGCGAGUGCUAGGAGCUCAGCUGAGAGUCGGAGAGAUAGAGUGUGCUCGUUUCGGCAAUUUCUCCCCGCCCGCCGCGAUUCGUGUGUUUGAGUCAUGACGGGUGAUACGUGUCGCAUGCACGGUGUGUGUGAUGUGGGCGGCGGGGAGGGUGGAGGGCGAGGGGCGAGCAGGAGGGGCGACCGAGCGAGAGGUGCUGCUGCUGGUGCGCCCUGCGCGACGGCCGCGCACCGCGGCCACACCGGCGCGGGGACGGCCUCGUAUGCAGUUCACCGAAUACUGUAACCAACAGCGCAACACCAACUUCCUCAAUCGUUCUAAUUCUAGAGACCCUGCUCUCGCUCGUUGCUGUACACACUCGGGGCUCUGACCUCUGUAGAGAGCUCUAAUCGGAACGUCUGCUGGCGCUGCGUCGCCGCCCGCCCCCAUCCCUCUGCGCGCCCCAAAUUGUGCCAGUCGCGGGGGGGGAGGGGGCACGGGGCAGCGAGCCUCGUCCG